GUAUGCCAACUGUUGCUCAGCGGAUCAGUUCUGUUCACUCAUUGAAUCAUUCGAGUCAAUGGCAAAAAACCCAACUUCCUAAUCCGUAAAACUCGAGUCUUUGUCAUAUGGAACGUCUCCGACCCUUCUUAGUAAAGCUAGCACUCAAUCACUAGAGGUCUCGAACAUUCAUGAUGGAAGGACGGAAUACUUCUCCUACGCUUUCCACUGCCGAGAACUCGCUUCUAACACCCGAGCAAGUCAAGCGCAUUGAGCUGAACCGCCUCAAAGCAAAAGCAAGGCAGAGACAACGAGAACAGGAGGCAGGCCCGUCAUCUACGCCAAAUCCGAACCAGAAACGCCCUCUCGAGGUGAUCCCAGCUGUGUCCACGUCACCGACAGCUCCUAAGCCACUGAAGCGUGAUUCACGCCUCGGCAAGUACUUUGAUUAUGACCUGUCCAAAAUGGUCAACUCGAAAGGUGGAUUUUUGGUCGAGGAUGGCAAGGAGGUGGACGAAGAUCUAAGGGCGAAAGAGCGAGAACGAGAAAGACAACGAGCCAAGCAGAACUUGGAACCGCCGAUGUACUUGGAUCCGAGCUUGAAUCCGAAGUGUAGAGAAUGCCAGUCUAUCGACAUCGAUUACACGUACAAGAAAAUAUUUGGAUGCCUGGUAUGUAACAAAUGCAAGGAUGAAUACCCAGAGAAAUACAGUUUGUUGACAAAGACUGAAUGCAAACAAGAUUACCUCUUAACUGACCCCGAACUUCGGGAUCGAGAGCUGCUACCCCAUCUACUGAAAGCUAAUCCUCAUAAGUCAACGUUCGCGAAUAUGAUGCUCUUCUUGCGUCAUCAAGUCGAAGAUUUUGCGUGGAAGAAAUGGGGUUCACCAGAGGCUCUAGACGUUGAAUGGGAGCGUCGAACGGAAGAAAAGAAAAACAAGAAAAACAAGAAGUUUGAGGAAGGACUGCGAGAUUUGCGCAGACGGACUAGAGAAGGUGUGUGGCAAAGACGAAAAGAUCAGGAGCACAAACAUGUCUUCGGAGUAACGGAGGACCUCGGGGAUGGCAUGGCCCAGGCAUUUACUAUGGAUGAUCCAAACCAGGCCGAAAGCUCCAAGAUUUCCACCUCUUUGGAGCUUGAGCAGAUCGAAGUAAAUCUCUUUCGGUCAAAGACUUUAUUCAAACCCACGAAGGCUCGAGGGGUCUUCGGAGGGCAGGUCAUCUCACAAGCAAUAGUCGCCGCUACCAAUUGUGUUGAUCCCGUGUUCGGGUUGCAUUCUUUGCACUGUUACUUUCUUUUGAGUGCAUCUCCUGCUAUCCCUAUCAUAUAUUUCGUCGAGAGGCUACGGGAAGGGCGGUCAUACACUACCCGAAGCGUCAAAGCAGUUCAGAAUGGAAAGGUGAUAUUUCAGCUAAUGUGUUCCUACCACAAGCCGGAACCAUGGCAACCUACAUACCAGUGGCCCAUGCCCGAGGUGCCCCCACUUGAGGAGUGCGAGCUUGAGGAAGUGCUGUUUAGACGCUGGGCUACGAGGGAGGACCUUCCUGCGAAAGUUCGGGACCUGUUCUUGUCUUAUGCACUUGAAAAGGAAAAUGGUCCAAUUUCAGUCAGAAGGGCUGGAUUGACCACCGAGAAUGGUACACAAACAUCCAUGCAUUGGAUGCAAGCCCGAACAGGUCAAGCAUCACAUUACGGGGCACCUUACCAGAAGUGUAUUCUGGCAUACCUUUCGGACCUCAACUUCAUCUCCGCUGCGUCUGAUGUUCUUAAACUCAAGCGAAACUCAGACGGUCCUGACGCUCUUACCAUGAGUUCUACACUAGAUCAUUCCAUAUGGUACUAUGACGACAACUUUUGUUGUGAAGAUGGAUUACUCUACGUGGUAGUUUGUCCUCGAGCUACGUCCGGUAGGGCAGUGGUUCAUGGCAGGGUCACUUGUCAGGAGGGCGUGGUACGGGCUAAUGUACGAGGUCCUACUGAAAACAAGGCAAAGCUGUAG